AGUGCCCUUUAUACUACUACUCCUGUGCGGUAGGGGGAUUCAUAAAGGUUUUAUUUUACCACGGAAGAAGAUAUUAGUCAUAUGGUGAGUUACGUCAUUUAUCGCUCAUAGUCAUCCUCCAUCUUUCGCUGUCGCAUGCUUCCUCAGAUAUCUUCGGAUCAGGUAACGUUAGCAACAUGAACCAAGAAAAAUUAGCGAAACUUCAAGCCCAGGUCCGGAUAGGAGGAAAGGGCUCGGCACGUAGGAAGAAGAAGGUCGUACACAGAACGGCAACAGCCGAUGACAAAAAACUUCAGAGUUCGCUAAAGAAAUUAGCUGUCAACAACAUUGCUGGUAUUGAAGAGGUAAACAUGAUCAAGGAUGACGGCACGGUGAUCCACUUCAACAACCCCAAAGUGCAGGCGUCUCUGUCGGCCAACACCUUCGCUAUCACCGGCCACGCCGAGACCAAGCAGCUCACAGAGAUGCUCCCGGGCAUCCUCAGUCAGCUGGGUGCCGACAGCCUCACCAGCCUGCGUAAACUGGCAGAGCAGUUCCCUCGGCAAGUGCUCGACAACAAAGCCCCGAAAGCAGAAGAUAUUGAAGAAGAAGAUGAUGACGUCCCAGACCUGGUGGAGAAUUUUGAUGAAGCAUCAAAGAACGAGGCAAACUGAUUGAUCUUCCCCUCAAGACCCGAUACAAGGAUUGGAACUGCAAUUAAGAAAGGCGACUUCUCCGGUGUUUUAACUUUUAGCUAUGAAGACAUAUCAUUUCAAACACUAUCCCGUCAACCAGAGUUUUGUGUGUUUUGAAAUGGCCACGGAUGCAGCCCUUAUCAGACUGGCUUGCGCACUUAAACUCCCAACACAUUGGUCAACAGUUCAGUACUUUUCACCACAUUGUCAGUCUCGAUCAUGAUUGCGGUGGUCUUUAAAUAAAGCUAGUCUUCAGAGUUUUUUUUGUUUGUUUUUUUUGUUUAUGAAACAAAAUAAAGGUGAUUAACAUUU